UAUAAGCGUCUUCCCCUGACGGAUCUCUCAUCUACACAAACCCUAGAAAUCUCUUUCCCCAAAUUACACACACAUAGACAUACAAAUCUCUCGACAGGCUCGAUGGAUUCGAAAUCUAAGAAUUCUAAUCCCCGAUCAGGCGACGGCGCCAGCCCCGGAAAAAUCUUCAUCGGAGGUUUGCCGAAAGAUACGCUCUACAAUGCAUUCACAAAACACUUCGGAAAGUAUGGAGAGAUUACGGACUCUGUAAUUAUGAAAGAUCGUCAUACUGGAGUACCUAGGGGUUUUGGAUUCAUCACUUAUGCUGAUCCUUCAGUUGUAGAUAAGGUUAUUGAAGAUCCUCAUGUCUUCAAUGGGAAACAGGUCGAGAUUAAGAGAACCAUUCCAAAAGGAGCUGCUCAGUCAAAGGAUUUCAAAACAAAGAAAAUCUUUGUUGGCGGUAUCCCAGCAACUGUUACUGGAGAUGAGCUUAAGGACUUCUUUUCGAAGUAUGGCAAUGUUGUUGAACACCAGAUUAUAUGUGAUCACGAGACCAACCGUUCGCGGGGGUUUGGGUUUGUAAUAUUCGACAACGAGGAAGUUGUUGAUGAAAUGUUGUCUAAGACCAAUAUGAUUGAUAUGGCGGGCACCAAGGUGGAGAUCAAGAAAGCUGAACCAAAGAAAGCCUCAAACCAUCCACCUGCUCCUGCUUAUGGUAGCAAGCCUAGGGCACGCUCUUUCAGUGAUGAGUUUGGUCGAUUUAACAGCUCUUAUGGGGGUUAUGAUAGUGGAUAUGUUGGCCCUGGCCCCUAUAGGACUCCAGGUGGUCUCGGCAGGCUUAGUGGGUAUGGGGGAUAUGGUGGUGCUAGUGAUUAUGGUGGUUAUGGGGACUUUGGUGGCAGUGCCUUAGGAGGCUAUCGAGGUGAAUCAUCCCUUGGUUAUUCUAGCCGCUUCGGAGCAUAUGCCGGUGGAUAUAGUGGGGGUUAUGGUGGCAGUGGGUUAGGUGGGUAUGGCAGAGCAGAAGGCUUAGGUAGUUACGGCAGAGGUGAGGGUUUAGGUGGUUAUGGAAGAGGUGAAGGCUAUGGAAGCUAUGGUGGUAGUGGCUAUGGUGGUGGUUACGACUCUGGUCCAGGUGCUAGUUAUGGAGGAACAGGUGGACUUUAUGGUAGGGGUGGCUAUAGCGGCAGUAGUAGGUACCAUCCCUAUGGAAGGUAGACAGCAUAGAUGGUCCAGUUGCGCUUGAGCUUUGUCAUAGGAGUUCAGCACAGGCUCUCAUAGUUGCUUCCCCUGCUAGGCACUAUCUCAACACUAGAGGUGUCCCCAUAUAUUUUAUGUGACCAGCAUUAAGAGACAAGGAUAUAGACUCUACCUUAAUGUAUUUUCUAAGUUGAACCUUUUAGAUUGUGGGCUACUUGUCUGGUUUAUUUCUAAGAGUACUUUUGGUUAGCUUGUUAUGUGUAGACUAUAUACCUAUUUAGGCUUUUGGCUAUUUAUGUAGUUUAAGGUUUAGAUUAAUAUUUCUGUAAUAUGACAUGUUCUAGCCAUGCAUGUUUAAGUGUUA